CAUAAUUUUCUAAAAUUUAGAGCACAAAAAAAAACAAAAAUGGUUUCAAACGUCAAAAAUCGUUUGUUAAUAGUGCUUUUACUUGGUUUUGUCGUUCUUGCAUCAUCUACAAGGUUUAGUUCGAAGGUUACAAGUAGCCAAAUCAACACCAUCUGCACACGUAGUGAGCUUGAUGCUUCAUUCUGCUUUAAAUUGUUGAAAUCGUCCCCAAAAAUUGCAGCACUGGAUCCUGCUGGCCUUGUCAAAUAUUUAGUCAACUAUGAUUCUCCAAAACUUUUAGAUAUGCUGAAGCAAUUCCAGUCGCUCUUCAACAGCACCACCGAUCGCAGCGCUAAAGGUUCCUAUCAUGUAUGCGUAGAAACGUUUGACAAAGCUACUAGUUGUCGUGAUGACGCCUUCACAGAUUUGGGAUAUAAGGACUAUUUCGAAUUUCAAGAGGACGUUCAAUGUAUAAAAGACAAUGCGGAUGAGUGUGAAAUGGAGCUGUCAACUUUCAAACCUAACCCACAACUCGUCAAACAAGUUUCUAAUGUCAAAAAACUUUCUCAUAUAAUUAUGGUUAUUGUGCAAUCUUUUCUGCAAAAAUAAGAGGAAAAUAACGUUUAUGUAAGUUUCGGGAUUGUGUUGUUAUUGAAAACAAAGUUAUAAAGAAAAA